AAAGCAUGCAGAUGGUGCACGAAUCCCAAACAUAUUUGCCACCAUGUGGCUUUUGUUGCAAGCGCCACUCGUUGCGAAGGAGUUGAAGAAAGAGCGCGACGGCAUUCAGAGUCUAACUGAUAGCAUGAAGGUGAUGGAGGCGGACAUGGAAAAGAAAGCGCAGGAGCACAAAGAGGAACGCCAGCGCCUUCUCAAAGAGCAUGGCAUCUCCGGGGUGGAUGAUAUUGAGGACGCCCACAAGCUUCCUCACAUGCUGAACAUGAACCCGGACAAGUCAUUGGAGGGGUGCUUGAAAAUCUUCCUGCGAGAGGGUGAGACGCUCAUCGGUGCAGAUCGGACAAAGUGCCAGGUUUUCCUUCAUGGUCUUGAUGUUGCAGGAGAGGUUUGUGUCAUUUGCAAUGAAGCUAACGAAGAGCUGGAGGUGCGGCCUUGCCCAGGCGGCCUAGUGCGGGUUAAUGGACGUCACGUUGAAAAGAAUGGCCACUUACUUCAAAGUGGAGAUCGGCUGGCCAUUGGCCGUGCUCACAUCUUCAAGGUUGUCAUUCCAGCCAGUGCCUCUGAAGAGAAUGAAAAGGAGGAGGACUUUGAGGAGGCCUUGAACGAGCUGCAGAAGAAUAGCAAGGUUGAUCGAGGCAUCAAUGCAGCCGUGACUAUGGUGCAGCGCGAAUACGGCACGGAACAGGCCAACUUUCUGCUGGAAAAGGCCAAGAGAGCUAAUGAGGUGGUUGGUGACGCCAAUGCUCUCCUGAAGAGCAUUCCGCAGGCGUGGAACAAGGAGGUUUCUCACUACGAGUUGGCUGUGCUCUUCGAGGCUCAUGGGCCAGAGGUUUGUGUCAUCGCGAGACCCAAGGCUGGUGCAAGGACCGUCAUGCAAGGAACACCGCAAGCGCCUGGCAUCAGUUUGGGAAUUUGGGAGGCACGUCGCUUCGAGGAUCGGUUUGAUUCGAUGCUAGAGGCUCAAGAGCUGAUCAUGGAGCGCAAGUCCUUUAGGGCUUCUAGCAGAGACUUCCUUGGAACUGUACAGGAUGCUGUGAAGCCUGGCGACUGGGAACUUCAUGUUUGGUCUGAAGUACCGUUGGAUUGCCUCCGGCAGCUCAAGAAGGCAGACGAAGCCAGAAAGAAAGAGCUGGAUGAGCAGAAGAAGGACUUCAAUAUCUGGCAUUGGUUUACCGGCAAGAAAGAAGAAAGGAAAGAAGAACACGAAGAAAAAAAAGAUGACAAGUGCGAAGAAGGCCAGCAGAAUGUUUGGUUGCGCACAUUCACCCAAUUGAUAGGGCUUUCCAAUAAGUCAGAGCGUGAGGAGGAUCAGACAGCCAAGUCCAAAGCAGCCCCUCCAAAGGUGCAGGCCCGGAAGCAAGAAGCUUCCAGGUCCUCCUCCGCAGCAAGACCCAGGAGAACCUUGCUGCCAGGCCAUUUGCAAGUCCCGGAAAUGUCGCCCAAGCGAUCAAGCUCUACUUCUUCCAUGGGAAGAGCCUCUGUGGCCAGUGCAAACCCACCAUCCCCAACGGGGAAAUGGGUGCCACCAGAGGACUUACUCGCAGAGAAGUUUGGCGGUGACAUUCAUGUCGAUCCCGGCCGUCUAGAGGCUGGCUCAAUCAGGCGUGCCAGCAAGACGGGGAUUGAGACCGUCGCCCAGGAUUUGCUCGUGCCCGUUGAGGAUGGGCGUCAAACAGUGCAAAUUGAGGUGAAGGAACUUUUUGGAGACAAGCUGGGUGUCCGCCUCCGCAUGGAGAAUCUGGUGGUCAGCAAUUUCGACGUGCCGGAGGCCGCAGAUGUCGGGUGGCGCUUCGGCGAUGAAAUCGUCGCGGUGAAUGGCAAAGCCGUUGCGUCGCGCGAGGACUUUCGCCAUGUCCUUGCAGAGGCACGCCAGCGUUUGCCGAUUGUUUUCACAGUGAAAAGACAAAUUCGAGUGGAUGUUGGCAGAAGGACAAUCAGCGGCCACAAAGAGGCUGGAAAGGAAAAGGGGCGGAAGAAACGUGCGACCAGCACAAGUGUACCAUACAGAAUCAUGGAUACUGAAUGAGCAUUGCGGAUUGCGGAACUUGCAAUUCGAAAUCCAUCAAUAUCUUUGAUUUAAUGUCUUUAUGGAAAACACUACGCCAUUUGACGUCACAAAAAUUCGAUUAUAAUUUUCAGAAAGAC